GCAACGGACGCAAUGGUGUUUACGUUGCCCCGUUCGAGCGCCGCCUGGAAUGUCCGCUCGAGAAGCAGGGCGAAUACCUGGUACACACACACCAGCCAAAAAUUAUUGUAAGUUGCUGCUUGAACCUUGCCAACGUCAUCGGCGCUAGCUCUCCUCGCUUUUACCCCUUGCCAUUUUCCUUACCCCUUCGCCAGCCCAUGCUGCUCAUUUGCUGCUCUGCUCAAAUGAUGUUUCAUAUGCAGCAUGCAAGGAAUAUUCGCUUCGUUUCAUGGCUCUGCAUUGGCAGCCCCCUGCCCAAAAACAGCUGAAUAUCCAAAAAGGAUGCAAGACAUGGACGGUGCAUUUCCCACAUAUCCGCACAAGCCAGCGGAUAUUCUAUGUCUUGGCUUGGACCGGGCUUAUCUGCCACAAUGGGGCAUGCACGACCCGCAUCUAUCCGUGCGCAGCUAUCAGCGUGCUUGCGUCAGUGCAGCUUUCAUCCCACACAGCGACAGCCGCCCUCGUCCUUAUCUGGCCUCAUCUAUGCCCUUUCACAAUGCUCCAUUUCGUGUCACAUGCUGUUUCCAUGGGCUGGCGUGAAUAGUCCUGGGACUGCUGUUGUGUGGUGGGCCUGUUGAUCCCAGAAAUCUCCACAAAGCCAUAUGACCUCCCCCGGCUACCCUGUUAUCAGCACCCGAUCUAACUAGUUCUCCCGAGUCAACUCCAUCUCCAUGUAGACCGACCUUUCCAAAGUGGAAUUUGGCAUCCGCGUCAACGGCUGGAAGCGUGUGGUUUUCAAGACAGUCAACGACAGCAUGCUAGCACAGCGCGAGCUGUCGUUCUAUCACAUGGUGGCAGGCACCGAGUCA